CGGGCGCCGCCGGGCAUGGAGUAGCGAGCGGGGCGCGCGGCUCUGGGGCGCGCGGACAGACGCCGGGACAGACGCCAGAGGACGCCCGCGGCUCCGGGGCGCGGGGACAGCGAGCCGAGCUCCGGGAGCGCGUCGGAUCCGCCCAGCCUGGCCGAGCGCAGGAUGCGCGGACCCGGGCGUCCCCUCCUCCUGGGGCUGCUGCUCGUGCUGGGGGCGGCGGGGCCCGGCCGGGGGGUCGCGGAGACCCGGGAGGCCGCGGACAGGCAGACGCUGCUGCAGCUUAUCGUGGAGAUCGUCCAGGAGCUAAGGAAGUACCACUCGGGGGAGUCCAAGCGGCUGCAGCUCUCGGGCCGGCAGGACUACACCCUGGGCCGCAGGGAGGUCUCGGACUACGGGGCUUACCCGGAGGAGCAGAGAGUGGAAAUUGUUCCUCGAGAUCUAAGGAUGAAAGACAAGUUUCUGAAACAUCUUACAGGUCCUCUUUAUUUCAGCCCAAAGUGCAGCAAACACUUCCACAGACUUUACCACAACACCCGAGACUGCACCAUCCCCACCUACUAUAAGAGAUGCGCCCGGCUUCUUACUCGGCUGGCUGUCAGUCCGAUGUGCAUGGAGGGAUAAGGUAAGCUGACAGCCCAGUCGCUGUGGCCCACACACCA